AUGUUUGAAAGAUUGGCAAACCAUCCCUUCUAUUGUUUUCUUGAUGGUUAUAGUGGUUUCUUCCAAAUCCCGAUCCAUCCCAACGAUCAUGAGAAGACCACUUUCACAUGCCCUUAUGAUCUGAUAGAGGAGAUGGUAGAAGUCUUCAUGGACGAUUUCUCAGUCUAUGGAGCAUCCUUCUCCUCAUGUUUGUCAAACUUGUGCAGGGUCUUGCAGAGGUGUGAGGAGACAAAUCUGGUGGACGUGAUGUUGCAGCUUCCUGUGCCUAAGACUGUGAAGGACAUCAUGAGCUUUCUGGGUCAUGCAAGGACCUUGCUGAAGGAUGCUCUGGUUUCAGCCCCCAUUGUUCAAGUUCCAAACUGGGAUCACCAAUUCGAGAUUAUGUGUGAUGCGUCUGACUAUGCAGUAGGAGCUGUGCUUGGCCAAAAGAUAGACAAGAAGCUCAAUGUCAUCUAUUAUGCAAGCAGAACCAUGGAUGAUGCUCAAUGCAAGUAUGCAACCACAGAGAAGGAGCUCCUUGCUGUAGUCUUUUCCUUUGAGAAAUUUUGA